CUUGUUGCCAUGGUGAUGAGAGGCUAAUAUCUGUGUUUGUCGCUAACUAUUAUUUUAUUAGUAAUAAUUAUUUUUUUAAUAGUUUUUUCACUUGCAUUCGUGUGAGUUGAAUUCUUCCACAAAAUAUAUUGCAAAUCGAUAAACGACAUGCAAAAUAAGCUCCCAAUUGUCACUUCAAAUCCUGCAUUGUAUAAACAUCCUCGCCAUUUACCAGGUUACACAGGACACGUUCAUCAAAGCCGUUAUCAGCAUGGUAAAACAUAUGGCAACAACACAGCAAAUCUACUUGCAGCAUAUAGGCAGAAAAAGCUUGGAGAUAGCACAUUGGGUGUCAAUGGACAAGGUGGAGAUCUUCAGUUACCAUUCCCUGCAUACUAUCAACAUGAACCAAGUUAUGUCAUUGGUACACGACCUCGUACUUGGGAUAGAUGGUGUCCGCAGCAUAAGCAUGAGCUUUUGAAUGUCAGUAAACGUGAGGUUGAAAUCAGGGAGUAUAACAAGAAUGUCCAAAAGCACCGCGAGCAGUAUCGUGACCAUACUGCAAGGCUUCCUCUGGUGGAAUAUUUUGUUCAACCAAAUAUAUCUCAUGUUAAUACGUUUCACGAAGGAAAUUAACCUGUAAUUACUGAAUUUUGAAAGUCAACUUGUGCGUUUCUAAUUUCUUACUCACAUAUAAUUGUGUUCUUUCGCUUACACUACAUUUUUAAAUCAAUGAAUUAAAUGUCAUCAGUGUCUGUGAAACCAUAAUUGUGUUCUUACGCUUACACUACAUUUUUAAAUCAAUGAAUUAAAUGUCAUCAGUGUCUGUGAAACCAUAAUUGUGUUCUUACGCUUACACUACAUUUUUAAAUCAAUGAAUUAAAUGUCAUCAGUGUCUGUGAAACCAUAAUUGUGUUCUUACGCUUACACUACAUUUUUAAAUCAAUGAAUUAAAUGUCAUCAGUGUCUGUGAAA